AGAGGAAUGUCGUGGAAGGGAGAGACGGGGACGCCAUCCUUCUCAAUGUAGACCCGGUGCUCCAGGGUGUUGGCCUGGCCAAUCUUGCGCACGGUGUAAGACAUGGUGGGCUGUGGUGUAGGAGUAGAAGACGAGAAAUGUCUUGAAACUAAAGCAGCACGAGAAGAAACGGAGGAAACCGUACGAUCAACCCGAGAUGAAUAUGAUGAAGGAGAGAGAGAAGAGGAAGGAGGGGAGGAGAGGAAGGAGGAAGAGGAGGAGGGGGGAGGGGCUUGUUUGGUGGGGGGAGCCAGCGUUGCGGAUGUGCGAAGAACGGGCGAGCGAGAGCGGGCGAGGGACGAGGCGGUGGACACGCAAGAGAUGCAGCGUCGGGUCAAGGGAACAACAGGGGACAUGAGGUUAUUAUAAGAUUUGGAGAUGCUUCGGGAUCAGGGGAACGCAAUUGGCGAGUCCACCUGUCUGCUGAUGAUGGUUGCAGUCUGUUCUGGAUUAUGGCGAGUCUUGACGUCUCGGUAGCUGCAAAGGGGGAUUUAAUGGCCUGCAAAGCUGGAAGGCCUCGGGAUGGAAAAUCGGAGUCGGGAUUUC